CGAUCUCAAACAGCAAGUUGUUUAGAAAGUGAAGAAGAAAACUUCCGCGCAUGAGGUUGGCGGGUUGUUAGUUUCUUGUGUGUGUAUGCCGGGUGUUUUUGUUUAAAUUUGCAGCACAAUAGACGCUACAAAACGCCUCAGUUAGCAAAGUCAGGUCCCCGCGGAACAUUUGCAUCUGGUUAGUCAGCGGUGGUUUUCCCUGUCAUGCCGUCCGUCGCUGGAGCCAGCAGCCCCGCAUCCGCGCUCGCCGAGGCGCUGGAUAACUCUGCCCGGUUGAUAGACAGACACCUCCAGGAUGACCGCUGCUUUCCUGACCUGUCCGAGCUGCUCAGCGUCCCGUCACACAACAUGCCAUCCAUCUCUGGAGUGUCUGACAUGGACUACCCUCUCCAGGGACCCGGCCUGCUCAGCGUACCAAACCUCCCAGAACUCAGCGCAGUCAGAAGAGUCCCACUGCCGCCUGAGCUGGUGGAGCAGUUCAGCCAUAUGCAGUUUAAUUGCAUGAUGGGAGUUUUCCCUGAGAUCUCUCGAGCAUGGCUCACAAUCGACAACGAUAUCUUCAUGUGGAAUUACGAAGAUGGGGGAGAUGUGGCCUACUUUGAUGGCCUAAUUGAAACUAUUCUAGCUGUGGGUCUUGUUAAACCAAAACAAGGGAUUUUACAGCCACAUAUCCACUACCUUCUGGUUUUAGCCACAUCUGUGGAUGUAGUGAUCCUUGGACUGAGUUUCCCCAAGAGCCAAGCUGCAUUAAAUGACAGCAUGUCUGGUGGGAUGCAGCUUCUACCAGACCCCCUCUUCUCAAUCCCGACAGACAACACCUACAUCCUGUCCAUCACCUCUACAGACCUGGGCCGCAUCUUCAUGGCAGGAAAGGACGGUUGUCUCUAUGAGAUAGCUUACCAGGCGGAGGCGGGUUGGCUCAGCCAACGCUGCAGAAAAAUUAACCACUCCAAAAGCUCUUUGUCCUUCCUCAUUCCCUCUGUGCUCCAGUUUUCUUUUUCUGAAGAUGAUCCCAUUGUGCAGAUUGCAAUCGAUAACUCUCGCAACAUACUCUUCACCCGCUCUGAGAAGGACGUCCUACAGGUGUAUGAUCUGGGUGCUGAUGGCCACGGGAUGAGUCGGGUAGCGACAAUGUCGCAGAGCUCCAUCAUAGCGGCUGCAGGAAACAUUGCUCGGACAAUCGAUCGUUCGGUCUUCAAACCCAUCGUCCAAAUCUCAGUCAUUGACAGAUCAGAGUCCUCGGAUUGCCACCUGCUUGCCGUUACUCACACAGGUGUGCGCCUGUACUUCACCACCGCGCAUUUUGCACCUCAGCACCAGAAGCACAUUGCCGUUCGCCCCAGCCUGCUGUCGUUGAUCCAUGUUCGGCUGCCGCCGGGUUUUUCCGCCUCCUCCACACUGCAGAAGCCCUCCAAAGUCCACAAAGCUCUGCACAGCAAAGGUGUUCUCCUCCUGGCUGCUUCGGAGACAGAGGACAGUGAUAUUCUGUGGUGCAUCAACCACGACUCCUUUCCCUUCAAGAAACCCCUGAUGGAAACUCAGAUGAUGUCUAAUGUUGAUGGACACUCUUGGGCUCUUUGUGCCCUUAACGAUGAGAAGCCUCCUAAGAUUUUUACUCCUCUCAACAAGGAGCACAUUCCCAUCACAGAUUCACCUGUGGUCGUACAACAGCACAACAUUCCCGCACAGAAAUUCGUCCUUCUUUCGGCAAAGGGAAGCCACAUCUUUCAGAAACUGCGUCCAGUUGAUCAGCUGCGCCACCUCCUGGUCAGCUGCGCUGCAGGAGAAAGUGAGGAUAUUGAGCGCUUCUUCAAGCUGCACAGGGAGGAGCAGGCCUGUGCCACAGCUCUCAUCCUGGCUUGUUCUAACGCUGCCUGUGACAGAGAGGUAUCCCAAUGGGCCACCAGAGCUUUCUUCAGAUAUGGAGGAGAAGCACAGAUGAGAUUUCCUGCUGCCAUGGCAACACCCAGUACUCUUGGGCCUGUGAUGAGCUCUCCAGCACCGGGUGUGGUGCCUCCUGCAUUUUCAACACCAUUUGCACCGAUGCAGUCUGGAUCUGCACCCAUCACUCCGAUGUCGGCUGGUCCUGAGGUGAUUUUCUCUGGAAAACACAACGGCAUUUGCAUCUACUUUGCUCGCAUUCUUGGAAAUCUGUGGGAUGGGAGCCUUGCUUUUGAGAAAACGAUGAGCAACGAAAAUCAGACUGUCAGCAUUUUGGAAAGCACCGUUGACUCAUUUGAGCUUGAGGCCAUCCUCCUGCAGCUCAGAGGUUUACAGGAGUUCCUUGAUAAAAACUCUCAGCUCAGCCCAUCUUCUCUAGGUGCUGCAAGCUUCAGCUCCCCCGCCAACCUGCAGCAAAGGCUGCUGGGAUUUAUGCGCCCUGACGGAGCCAGCUCCCAGCAGGUGCAGCAGGAGCUCCAGAGGAAAUAUCACACUAAGGCUCAAGUCUAUGAGAAAGCAUCUCUGCAGGGGAUCCAGCAGCUUGUGUAUCGCUCUUACCAAACUCUGGCACUUUGGAAACUCCUCUGCGAUCAUCACUUCAGCCUCAUUAUGUCUGAGCUGCCAAAGGAGUUUCAAGAGCAAAUGAAGGGUGCAUGUUUUAAGGAUGUAGUGACCAGAGGCAAGGAGUUAUCUGGAGCUCUGGUCACAGGGCUUAUUAAUGUCUAUAUUAAAGACAACGCCUCCGUGGACGCCAUCAGCAAUCACCUCCGAGACCUCUGUCCGCUGCUGUACAGCACUGAUGACAGCGUUUGCUCAAAGGCCAACGAGUUGCUGCAGAGCUCAAAGCAAAUCCAGAACAAAGUGGAGAAGGAGCGAACGCUGAGAGAGUCUCUGCAGCUCUACCAACAGAUCAGCCAACAUACAGACCUGCCUCUUGUUUGCUCCCAGUACAGACAAGUGCGUUUCUACGAAGGAGUUCUUGAGUUGUGCCUCACGGCAGCAGACAAAAAGGAUCCACAGAGGCUAGGACCCCACUUCUAUAAAAAUGGAGAGCCUGAGGAGGACAAGGUGGGGCUGCAGGCCUUCCAGGAAAGACUUUCUUGUUAUAAGUGCAUCACAGACACCAUGCAGGAGCUGGUGAACCAGAGCAAAGCUGCCCCUCAGUCGCCCAGCGUUCCCAAGCAGCCCGGACCCCCCGUCAUGACCUCCGAUCCCAACAUGCUAAGCAACGAAGAAGCUACUGCACAUUUUGAGCAGAUGCUCGGCUUGGCCCAGAGGUCCCAGGACGAGCUGUUUCACAUCGCCCUGUACAACUGGCUGAUCCAGGCUGACCUGACGGACAAGCUGCUGGAGGUGAAUUCUCCUUAUCUUGAAGAACACCUGAUGCAUAUAAUAAAACAGGACCAGAGCAAAGUUCACAACAUGGACCUGUUGUGGCGCUACUACGAGAAAAAUCGCAACUUUGGCAAAGCAGCUCAUGUCUUGGCCCGCCUCGCUGACAUGCACAGCACUGAGAUCUCCCUAAAGCAGCGUCUGGAGUACAUCGCUCGAGCCAUCCUGUCUGCUAAGAGUUCCUCCUGCAUCUCUGCUCAGGCUUCUGACGGAGAAUUCCUUCACGAACUGGAGGAAAAGAUGGAGCUUGUCCGCAUUCAACUGCAGAUCCAGGAAACCCUGAUCAGGCUGUACUCCAAUCAUCCCUCAGUGAAAAAUGCCAUCUCACAACUGGACUCUGAGCUUAUGGACAUUACAAAGCUUUACGGAGAGUUUGCUGACCAUUAUAAACUGUCUGAGUGCAAGCUGGCCAUAAUUCACUGUGCAGGACACUCUGACCAAAUACUGGUCCACUCACUAUGGCAGGAGAUCUUGGAGAAAGAACUGAGCGACAGCGUGGCCAUGAGUCCAGCAGACAGGAUGAGGUCCCUCAAUCUGAAACUGGUUACACUGGGGAAGAUUUACGCUGGAACACCUAGAUACUUCCCUCUGGAGUUUCUUGUAAAGUUUCUGGAGCAGGAAGUCUGCCGACUGAACUGGGAUGUGGGAUUUGUCACAUUUACGAUGCUGGAGAUCGGAGUACAGCUGCCACGGCUUCUGGAGGUUUAUGAUCAGCUCUUCAAAUCCCGGGAUCCCUGCUGGCUUCGGUUGAGGAAACCUUUACAUUUAGUGGAGUGCAUCCAUGUGCUUCUCUCAGGAUAUGUGGACGACCCCAGCAGAGUGGCAACAUAUGACAGGCGCCGAUUCACCAACGUUUGCCUCGACAACAUCUGCGGAUACCUGGUGGAGCUGCAGUCUUUGAGUCCAAACUCAGCCCUUCAGCAAAUAAUCGGCAACUUCAAGUCCCUGCAGGCCAAGCUGGAGAAGCUCCAUUGACAGGAGCUACAUUCUUCAUCAAUAAACAAUUGGCUGACCUCUGGCUGGUACUCUGCUGGCCUUAAACAAAGAGACCUGGCACUGUAUGUUUUGGCAUUUGUUAUGAUGAGAGACUGGCACAGUGACAAGUUUUAUAACUUAUUUCUUACCUUUUUUUUUUGUUAGUUUGAAUAUUGUGCGGAGUUUUGAAAAGACUGCUUAUAAUUUGCAUUGUUUGCAAAUAGCUGUUUGAAAUCUAGAAAUGGAGGGACUUUCAAUAAUGUCUUUAUUAAAAACUCAUGAAAUCUGUUGCAUAUAUUAAAACCUAGCUCAAUUUGA